GGACAGAGGAGGUGUGCAGGUCGGUGAGUUGCCGUGCAGAGCUGCUGAGGGCAGAACCAGAGAGGGUUUGAUUUUUCCUCCUUUGUCUGGGCGGAGGGGAGGGGGGGGACCAGGCUCGUUACCCGACAGACGGAGCACCGACACCGGCGUCAUGGAGCUGGAGAACAUCGUGGCCAACACGGUGCUGCUGAAGGCUCGGGAAGGAGGUGGUGGGAACAGAAAAGGAAAAAGCAAGAAAUGGAAGCAGCUGCUGCAGUUUCCCCACAUAAGUUUGUGUGAAGAACUGCGACAAACCACAGAAAAGGACUACAGCAGCCUCUGUGAGCGGCAGCCCAUCGGACGGUUACUGUUCAGACAGUUCUGUGAGACUCGACCCGAACUGAGACGCUGCGUCAAGUUCCUAGACGCUGUGGCGGAGUACGAGGUGACUCCAGAUGAGAAGAGGAAGGAGUGUGGUCAGGAACUCAUCGACAAAUACUUAAACACAAAGUCGGAGGAACAUGUGCCUGAGGUGGAGGAGGCCAUGAUGGCUCAGUGCGCAGAGAGGCUGCAGCAGGACGCCUGCAAAGAGCUCUUCAAGGACUGUACCAAAUUGAUCCACGACUACCUGAGCGUGGCGCCCUUCGCUGACUACCUCGACAGCAUGUACUACAACAGGUUCCUCCAAUGGAAAUGGCUGGAGAGGCAACCGGUGACGAAAAAUACAUUCCGACAGUACAGAGUUUUAGGGAAAGGAGGCUUUGGAGAGGUGUGUGCGUGUCAGGUACGGGCCACAGGGAAAAUGUACGCCUGUAAGAAACUGGAGAAGAAGAGGAUAAAGAAAAGAAAAGGAGAGUCCAUGGCGCUCAAUGAGAAACAGAUCCUGGAGAAAGUCAACAGCAGAUUUGUAGUCAGUUUAGCGUACGCCUACGAGACGAAGGACGCUCUGUGCCUCGUGUUGACGCUCAUGAACGGAGGAGACCUGAAGUUUCACAUCUAUCACAUGGGAGAGGCGGGUUUCGACGAGAAGAGAGCCAUCUUCUACUCUGCAGAGAUCUGCUGCGGGCUGGAGGACCUGCACCAAGAACGCAUCGUCUACAGAGACCUAAAACCAGAGAACAUCCUGCUGGACGAUGCCGGCCACAUCAGGAUAUCAGACCUUGGUUUAGCGGUUCAUGUACCAGAAGGACAGAGUAUCAAGGGACGCGUAGGAACCGUAGGAUACAUGGCUCCGGAGGUGGUGAAAAACGAGCGCUACACCUUCAGCCCCGACUGGUGGGCGUUGGGCUGCCUGCUGUACGAGAUGAUCGAGGGCCAGUCUCCCUUCCAGCAGAGGAAGAAGAAGAUCAAGAGGGAGGAAGUGGAGCGGCUGGUGAGGGAAGUGGAGGAGGAAUAUUCAAGCAAGUUCUCCGAGGACGCCAAGUCCCUAUGUAGAAUGCUUCUAGUCAAAGAUCCCGCAGAGAGGACGGGCUGCCAAGGAGGCGGAGCCUCUGAGGUUAAAGUCCAUACCAUCUUCCGCUCCAUCAACUUCAAACGCCUGGAGGCCGGCAUGCUGCAGGCGCCCUUCAUUCCUGAUCCGCAGGCCAUCUACUGCAAAGACGUGCUGGACAUCGAGCAGUUCUCCACAGUGAAGGGAGUGGAGCUGGAGCCGAAAGACGAGUCUUUCUACAGCAAAGUGUCCACAGGCUGCGUUUCUAUACCCUGGCAGGACGAGAUGAUCGAGACGGAGUGUUUCACAGAGCUGAAUGUUUUCCACCAGGACGGGACCGUCCCUCCCGACCUGGACUGGAGAGGACAGCCGUCUCCUCAACCCAAACAGGGACUCCUGCAGCGGCUGUUCGGCCGACAGGACUGCUGUGGUAACUGCAGUGACAGUGACGAGGAGCCCACCAGGCUGUGACACACACACACACACACACACACACACACACACACACACACACACACACACACACACACACACACACACACACACAAUCUCAUUUGUUUACAACUUUUGCACAUAUGUAUUUUUAACAUAGUACUAUCUCUAAAUGUCAGAAUGUAUAUUUUCAGCAUAGCCAUAAAGUUUCAUGUUAUUUAAAAAGUUGUGAAAUAUCGGCAGCCGACGCGUUCCAAACGUGUAGACGGGAGCUUUGUAAAAAAAAAUAAAAAUAAUAAUUCCCAGGGAAGGCUUUGCUUUCUCAUCCAUUCAUCCACUUAACACAUGACCAUGUGACUGAUCAAGGGAGCUGCUGCUGACCACUGAGCAGCUCCACUGGAACAAUUGCCUGCUGUAAAAGUGCCUUGCUGGAGGGCACUGUGACAGUGGUUACUAAGGGAGGAAUGAGCAUUCCUCGAUGUCUUUACUUUUUCCCCAGUUUGUCCAGGGAAUCAAACCGGUGACUUUCAGCUCAUGAACUGUGACCACUUUUCUUCUUCCGCCCUCCGUUCUCCUGUGACCAACCUCACUGCUCCUCUUAGCUCUCCUUUUCCUUCUAUUUAAUUAUUUUAAAAGUGUGAUUUUAAUUUUUGCUUGGACAUUAUGGUUUUUAAACAGUGAUUCUAGAGCCAUGACGUUGUCUACAUCUGCAGAUAUUUUUAUAUCAAUUGUAUUUUUAUUUUUAUUUUUUCAAUUUCUUGAGACAAUCGACUCGUUGUCAGUGCGGCUCCAGUUACUCUUGUCAGUUCUGUAAAGAUCCUGUUGUUGUUGAUGAAACACUCUCUGAUUAUACAAGUUGCUUUUCCAACAUGCUAAAACAUUUUAAAAAGCUUUCCUAUUUUUGAUCCACAAUAAACAACUCAUAAAUUAUGUUAAUGCUGCAGAGCUUGAACUGGAAUAAAAUUCAGCAAAAAUGAUGGUAACAUUUAUUUAAAGGGGAUGUAAUUUCCUAACAAUUUCUUUGGAAUUUUCCUCAGAAAAAAAUUAUAACUUGGUACUAAUUCUUGAGAAAAUUUUAAACCAAUGAGACAUUUGUCCUUUAUAUCAAAUUGUAGGCUUGUCUGGAACACGUUAAAUCUUUGCAUGUUUAGAUGACCUGCAAAACUUAAUUCACUCAAUGUUUAAAUCAGAAGUUUAGUAAACAAGACAUAAGAAUCUGUGUAUUCAGUAGCAACUUGCGUUAAUUAAUGCUUACUUAUUAGACACCAUUUGAUAAAGUUUGUAGCUGAAUCACACAGGUUUGUUUUUCUACUUGUCUCUCAGGGUUUCAUUAGAAUUUAUUCCUUUUUUGGGAGUUCAUUACCUGCUCUUCCUCUCUUUUUCUUCCCUCCAUGAGCGGAUGGUGGUGGGAUGUUUUUCAGACUCUGCAGGUUUACGCAUGUUUACCCUGCUGGUAGACCACUUCAUGUGUGGUCGUACAAACGAGAGAGAAAAAGUCCAAAGUUUGAUCCAUCCAGAUCUGUCUUGGCCUGCAUUCUGAGCUGAUCACGCCAUAAAAAAAGUUACAUUUUUGCAACGACAAGAGUAACUGAAGCCUCGCUGCAGUGAAAUGCCUCAGCUGGUACUGUUGCAGUCAAUGGCUUCCUCAAAGAAAAUGGCUUCUGAUUUUAAGCUAUUAAAAUGAAAUACCUCUGAAUGUACAAACGGCUGUUAUGUUAUUUCUGAUAUUUGAGAAGACGGACGACAGAAACCAGAUUACUUGACUUUUUUUUUUUGCUAUUGAAUAUGAUAUUGAAUCACACAACCAUCAAUUCAUGAAUGUCAACAUCUCUCUGCUCUCCAAAAUGAACCAAAUAGUCUAGUUUCAGCUACAUCUAUCAGUGAGGUUAUGUUAUGUAUCAUGAAUGAUGGGAAUACCAUUUUAAAGGGUCAGUUCAACCAUUUUACAAAAUGACUACAUAUUUUCUCACUUGCGUCUCGUGUUAUCUAGCCUUGCAGAUUAUUUCAUUUGCUCAGGUUUUGAAAUAUAAGCGAGUGUGAAAAUUGGUGUCUAUUUAUCCUGGAGCUGACUUAUGUGUGAACUUGAGGUAAAAAUGCAUUCCCAGAAUUUAGUUUACUGUCAUGUGUGACAAAGAAAAAUAAAUGCAAGAAAUUCUUAAAGUUUGGCCUUUUGCUUUAAAAAAAAUUAUAAAAAAGAUACAAACAAGAUUAAUUACGCAAUGAAUUAUUCAAGAUCAAUUAUUAAUUGAUUAAUGAAUAUUUCGUUGCAUCUCUUUGAUAAACAGGACCUACCUUUAUAGGUUUGUUUUUUAGGAUAAUCAACUGUUUUAUUAUGAAUUCUGGUGACAAAAAUGGUCUUUUGAUGCAGAGAUGGAUUCAUUGUUCAAGUUUUUUUUUUAUAAAUUUUUGUCAAAAUUCCCUCCUGCUAUCUGCUUAUGUGUUCAGCCACAGAGCUCUACUUGUUUUUUUAUUUUAUAGAAGCACCAUUCAAUUGAAACCAAACCAGUUAUGCAUAGAAGAUCAAAGAUGAAGUCCUUCCCAUCCAACGUGCCUUUUCUGAAGGUACUCCUGCAGCCUGUAGUCCCCUUCCUUUUUAUAAACACUGUAUGUGUCCAUCCAUGUGCUCAUGCAAACUGCUGCUGCGUCAGCUCCAGUCAGCUUCCUGUCUGUGGUACCUCGUGUGUUCGCCGUUUCUGGACGUGGAGUCUCUUUGUGAAAAUGAGGACGAUGAGACUGAAAGAGUCCCUGUACUGAAAGACUGCAGUCGACUCUCCUGUCACCGACUCUCUGAACACUGGAGUCUCUGAUGAGAUUUAAUAAAAGACUGAGAGGUCAAAGGUGAACUUUGAGAGUCUGAAGAGCCUCGCUAACAUCCUCCAUGGACGUUUAAAUCAGGACUCAACUGCUGUUCUGUGUGUCUCUCUGCUGUCUGAUGGUCUCUGUCCUUUGUGUUGAGGAUGCACUGUAAUCUGCCUUAAAGGAUGAUUCCACUUCAUUACAACUUGGGUCUCAUUUUUGUUUGUCGGGUCUCAUUGUUCUUAUCAGUAGUAGUAACACUGAAUUCAGCAAGUUAACGCUGGUCUAAAAUCAAGAAACACAAGCAGUCUCUUUUUUUGUAUGUGAACUUUAAAACUACUUAGGAGACCAGGCUGCAUAGUGAAGGUCAUGUCUGCUUAUACCUUCGUCCAAAAUGUUUAGUUUGACGUACUGCCAUGCAUAUUACUCAAACAGAAAAUACCAAACCGUUAAAUUACCAAAAUAAAACAGUAUCAAUAACACUUUCAUUUAAUGGCAUGUUGUGCUCAUAUAGUUUUGAUACUUCCAAUCUUUUACAGGACCACCAAGUCUUAAAAUGGAAGCUCUUUAAUGUUCGACUUCAACAAAUAUUUGACACAAUCCUACUCAAACUUAUAUUCUACAGACGUAUCUGUCCAUAAAAACAUUGUCAACCAAAGUGAAAAAUCAUCCUAAAUCCUAAAAAUAACCCAUUUAUGUUGGUUGUUGCAAAACUCUAAAAUAAAAGGGUUUAAGUUAUUGACAUGAAUGGAUGAAAGAAAUACCACAAGAAAGACGCGUAAUUUUGUGUUCAACUUGCUUUUGCAUAAAAUGUUUUUCUUUUUUAAUGCCUGCUUCUGUUUUUUCUUGGAAUGGUUGAAGGAUUUGAGG